CAUACUCCACGCAUCAAGAUUCGUGCUAUUAACAUAAUUGUCGGUGAUCCGGGAUUUUAGGAAAUGUGGUGGCCGACACGAGGCAAGAUUCCAAGGGAUCUUCGGCUGGGCGUAGGCGGCGGUAACGCCAGAAAAAGCCCUAAGGCGCAAAAUUCAACGGUUACUUUGGAACCCUCGUUUCUGCUCUCGCCCUUCUACCCAUCGCCCACGGUGCCCUUCGAUAACAGAAGGAGAACAAAUCGUGUUUCGUAAUCGGGCCUCACAGCCGCCGCCGCCAUGUGUGGAAUUCUUGCCGUUCUGGGUUGCUCUGAUACUUCCCUUGCAAAGAGGUCCCGAAUCAUCGAGCUUUCACGCAGGUUACGACACAGGGGCCCUGAUUGGAGUGGCAUACAUUGCCACCAAGACUGCUAUCUGGCUCACCAAAGAUUGGCUAUUGUAGAUCCUACUUCGGGUGAUCAGCCCCUUUACAAUGAGGACAAGUCGAUUAUUGUCACGGUAAAUGGGGAGAUAUAUAAUCAUCAGGAGCUGAGAACAAAGCUCAGCUCUCAUCAAUUCAGAACUGGCAGUGAUUGUGAAGUGAUUGCUCAUCUUUAUGAAGAUUAUGGAGAGGAUUUCGUGGACAUGUUGGAUGGAAUGUUCUCCUUUGUUCUCCUUGAUACUCGUGAUAAAAGCUUUAUUGCUGCACGUGAUGCCAUUGGAAUCACUCCUUUGUACAUGGGGUGGGGCCUUGAUGGGUCUAUUUGGUUUGCUUCAGAAAUGAAAGCCUUAAGUGAUGAUUGUGAACGAUUCAUUUCCUUUCCUCCUGGUCAUAUAUAUUCUAGCAAAAAAGGUGGGCUUCAGAGGUGGUAUAAUCCGCUUUGGUUUUUAGAGCGCAUACCAUCAAGUGCUUAUGAUCCGAAGGUUUUGCGACAAGCAUUUGAGAAGGCAGUUGUAAAGAGGCUGAUGACUGAUGUACCUUUUGGAGUUCUGUUGUCUGGUGGAUUAGACUCUUCUCUUGUUGCUUCGGUUGCUUCUCGCCACCUGAGUGAGUCAAACUUUGCUAAGCAAUGGGGAUCUAAGCUACACACGUUCUGCAUUGGGUUAAAGGGUUCUCCGGAUUUAAAAGCGGCGAGAGAAGUCGCAGAUUAUCUCGGAACAUUUCAUCAUGAGUUCCACUUCACAGUUCAGGAAGGCAUUGAUGCUCUUGAAGAAGUUAUCUAUCAUGUAGAGACAUUUGAUGUGACCACUAUUAGAGCAAGCACCCCAAUGUUUCUUAUGUCUAGGAAAAUAAAGUCUUUGGGUGUAAAGAUGGUUCUUUCUGGGGAAGGUUCUGAUGAAAUAUUUGGAGGCUAUCUAUAUUUCCAUAAAGCACCGAACAAGGAGGAGUUCCACCUUGAAACGUGUCGUAAGAUCAAAUCUCUUCAUCUGUAUGAUUGCUUGAGAGCCAACAAAGCAACAUCCGCUUGGGGUCUAGAGGCUCGGGUUCCUUUUCUCGACAAGAAUUUUGUCAAAGUAGCAAUGGAUAUUGAUCCUGAAUGGAAAAUGAUCAGACCUGAUCUUGGCAGGAUCGAGAAAUGGAUAUUGCGCAAUGCUUUUGAUGAUAAUGAGAGACCAUACUUGCCCAAGCACAUACUUUACAGGCAGAAGGAACAAUUCAGUGAUGGCGUUGGUUAUAGCUGGAUUGAUGGCUUGAAGGACCAUGCCAACCAACAUGUUUCAGAUGCCAUGCUGAAUAAUGCGAGUUUUGUUUAUCCCGAGAAUACCCCAUCGACGAAGGAGGCGUACUACUACCGCACUAUAUUUGAGAAAUUAUUUCCUAAGAAUGCUGCGAGAUUGACGGUUCCCGGCGGCCCAAGUGUGGCUUGCAGUUCUGCCAAAGCAGUGGAAUGGGAUGCAGCUUGGUCUAAAUGUCUCGACCCAUCCGGCCGCGCGGCCGUCGGAGUUCAUUCGGCUGCAUAUGAAUCGACUGCUUCCGAAGCUUCGGCUCAGGAGAAUGGCUCUUCUUUGAUUGAUUUGUCUGAGAAGAAGUUAGGCUACUUUGAAGCACCUACUGUUAGUAUUUGACUGAUUGCUUUUCUUUCUUGGUGCUGAAACAGCAAAGCAGAUUCAGAUGUUUGGAUUUGUAAUUUUGUAUUUUGUCUUUUUUAUUUAUUUAUUUUUAAAUUUCAACUCUUCAUAUAGAUGUCUGGGAAGGGUCUGUGUUUAGGAGUUUAGGAUUGUGAAGCUUUGUUGGCCAAAUUUUAAUUUAAUAGCUUUUUAUAAUAGAAUAAUGUGUUGA